AUGCCUGCUGGUUCUCCAUCUAAAGGGACGGCUUCAUUUUCUCAGCCCGCACCAAUGACCCGACGUACUCGUUCACGCGAGAACAAAUGCCGGAUUAUUUACUUUGAUGACGCUGCGUUCGCUCCCAACAAUGUUGAGGAUCAAAAACGGGAGAUCGCAGAUCGAAUCGACCAAGAUUCCUACGUUACGCAACAUACUAUCAACCCUUGUCGCUGUUAUCUCACUGGAAAGAAAACUUGUCUCGAGUGA